AUGAAGUCUAUUUUGCUUUCACUUCCCUUUCUUACCAGCAGAGGUAUUUCACCACUUCUUGCAGCAUCGUUGAUCCAUGCUGCAGUUGAUGAAGUUCUCCAAACAGACUUGACUGAAUUUAAGCUGCGAAAUGUGGAAGCAGAGGGAGAAGGAGAAGAGGAGAGGUUCACCUUGCUGGAUGCAGAGUUGCUGCAGCGCUGCUUUUUUAACAAGCUGCGGGACGUGUGCUGCAAGUGGCAGAAGCAGCUGCCGCCGCUGAGGCCCCCGAGCCACUCUCUCACAGUGUCCAUCCAUGCCAUCCGCAACGUGCGGCGCAAGAUGGAGGAUCGCCACGUCCUGCUGCCAGAGUUCAACCAGCUCUUCGGUCUCCCAGAUGAUGUGUAUCGUGCUUACUUUGCGGUGUUCGAUGGCCACGGUGGAGUGGAUGCUGCCAAUUACUCAGCAACUCACUUACAUGUAAAUGUUGGGUUACAUGAAGAGAUUGUUACAAAUCCAGCUGAGGCCUUGAAAUGCUCUUUCCAGAAGACAGAUGAAAUGUUUCUUUUCAAAGCCAAAAGAGAGAAGCUGCGGAGUGGCACAACAGGUGUGUCUGCAUUGAUUGUGGGGAACAAACUACACAUAGCAUGGCUGGGGGACUCUCAGGUGAUGCUGGUGCAGCAAGGGAAAGCUGUGACGUUAAUGGAACCUCACAAACCAGAAAGAGAAGAUGAGAGAGCAAGGAUUGAGACUUUAGGUGGCUGUGUAACCUACAUGGACUGCUGGCGGGUUAAUGGUACCUUGGCUGUUUCCAGAGCAAUUGGUGACAUCUGCCAGAAGCCCUAUGUCUCUGGUGAUGCAGAUGGAGAUUCCUUUGAGCUGACUGGCUCAGAAGAUUACCUGCUCCUUGCCUGUGAUGGAUUCUUUGAUGCCAUCAAGCCCCAUGAGGUUGUAGACUUGGUCCUGGAUCAUUUGAUGCAGACCAAAGGAGUGGGGCUCAAAGCAGCAGAGAGACUGGUGGCUGCUGCCAAGGAAAAUGGAUCCAGUGACAACAUCACUGUUUUGGUGGUGUUUUUGAGGGAUCCUCAGGACAUCCUGGCAGACUCUCUUAGAGACUCUGAGAGCCCUAGGGCUGAUGAUGAUGCUCAAAGCUCACCCUUUAACUUCCUCAGCUGCGAGGCAGCAGCCACACAGUGACAGAAUCUGUUUAGUCCAGAAUGUUCAAGUAAGUUGAUGUAAGGAACUGUUUUCCACUGAAGAAGCCUCUAAUACAGUGGGCAAAAUGUAUCAGGAAGAAAGACAAAUGGAUGAACACGGAACAGAAGGGCAAGGCGCCUUUUACUGAGUUCCUAUUUGUCUUUUCCUUCUCCUUUUUCCCCCUCCCCUCAAAAAACACUGAGCAGACAUGGAGAUUUGUACAGUUAUUUCAUCUCUGGGAGCAGAUACUGAAGUGUGUCCCAGGGCUGUUGGUCAUAUUCUGGAAAUGGUAACAAACCAUAACAGGUAUAAGCUAAUGGAUGACAAUAUGCAUUUCAUGAAUUCCAAGUCAAAAUUUAAAUUAGUGCUUAAAAAGAGCACUGUAUGUUGUACUUAACUGUGAUGUUACUUUGGAAGGUGGAGGGGAGACACUGUCCCCCCCACAGAAAAGUUUCCAGUGUAGGAACAGGCUCAGGGUGCAGGGACUGGCUGACACCAGUGUGCUGUGUAAGGUGCUUUUGGUUUGUACCUAAGAUACAAGAAUGAUGUGGCCUCUUUAUUCAAACAGAAACAUUUAAUGUUUGUGUGUAUGGAGAGGAGAAAAUAAAACUGGAUGUUCCAGAAAAGCAGAAAAACUAGCUAGAGAUAUCCCAGGGAAAAUGAUAGAAAACCAUCUGCUUUCUGGGAUGCUCUGUUUUAUAGACUGGAAUCUGAUAUUUAACUGCACUGGAUUAUUUCUCCCUAGCAAACAUGCUUGUUGGCUAUUUGGCAACCUGAAAAGAAAAAACCCCUCUUGUGGUAUUUGAGAGAGAUUUUUACAGUUUGUGUGCUUAAGCAGGUAAAUGUGCUCUUCCUGCCACUAUUUUGUGUACUAUAACAACGGAGAAAUUUAUUUUUAUUGUAAGUGUUUGUUAAUUUUCUGAACUUUACAUUUGGAGGAAUGUUUGCAGUGUUACUUUAUUUUGUUGUGGUUUUUAUUUAAGCUGGAAUUUUAAAGUGGCUCUGUCUUUAUUAUCUGGUGUAAAAAAACUGACUUCCCUCAAGUGCCUUAAAUAUUUCACCCAAGGAUUUCUGGCUGCCUAUCACAGUCUGGUGAGCCAGUUCCUAAUUUUUAAAAUGUGACUUUGUUUUCAUUGAUGCACUUAAAUGUUUCAGUUUGUGAUUUAUUGUAGUGGUAACUACGUUUCAAGAAAACAUCUCUUUCAUUGUUGCCAAAUCUUGUGGUUUGUAGUAAAAGCUUCACUGUGACUUACUCCCCUGCCAUUUGCAGAAAGCUCUAGAUAUUUAAUCAUAAAGUUACAAUCUGAGUAAUUAUUUCAUUUAAAAAGAAGUAACUUCUGACCUUUAGCAGAAAAUUUAGUAACACAAAUUAGAAAUUGUUUAGUAGUAUUUUUUCAUUAUAGAAGAUUAAUUUGGCCACACUUCUUGAACCUUUUGGGUCUGGAUAACUUUCUAAGGAACUGUGAAGCUCAGAGGGUGAGAGAAUUGUAGCGUAUAUGUGAGGAUGUUGCACAAUAGCUCUGUUCAUGACAUGCUAGAGCCUGUGGUUGUUUUGUCUUGCCUGGCUAGCAGGACUCAACAAGAUCUGAAGGCUCAAUACUAAAUUUGUUAUUAAUUUCAGUGUCUAAACAAAAAGUGCUUUGCAUCUGGCAGCAAGAUUGUGUGCCACAUUUAGAAGCACAUGUCAUUGCAGUAUGUCAGUCCUGUUGGUUAAAAUCUGGUGAGCAUUAGUGUUGCUUGGGGAGGAAGUUUAGGUAGAAGAGCUGGAAUGGCUCUGAGGAAGAACAGAGCACUGUCCAUGUCCACAGUCUCUGGAUCCUUCACUGAUGUGAGAUGGUGCAGUGACCCAAGUUUUUUGCUGGAAUUACUGAGGAUGAUCCUACAGUUUUAAUGCAGGAAUUCCUCAGUGACCUCCUCUCUCAGUACACAGUAACUCAGAUAGCGACUGCCUUGUUUUGCUACAGGAGCUUUUCUGCUGAGAAGGUUGUAAGCAGUUUUCCACCCUACAUUUUGGUGUCUUAAAAUAUAUGGGGAAGGAUUUCCCUUGCAGCAGCCUGGUGGGGUGGGCAUCAGUGUUUUUAGUGAACCCUCUUCUGUUGAGGAAGCCCUUAGACUUGUUCAGUAAUCCCCUUAGAUUUGUCGACUCCUGUCGCUUUGAUUUCUAGCCAGAUACUCAAUUCCAUGCUAGAUCCUGAUGACCACUAGUGCCUCUUGUUGUGUUAGAAAUAGUUUUGUUAUUAAUGUAGCAAGAAUCGUGCAGAAUUGUUUGAUUUGAUUGUAGUCUGAGGGUUAUCAGGAGAGGGGAAAAUUUGUGUUUAUGAAGGGAGGUGUGAAAUGUUGGUAAAUUCAUGACAUGGUUUAGUUUCUGAAAUUUGCCAAAUUUCCACAAAGGUGAAGGGGACUGAACAAGCCAAACUCUUUGUAAUGUUUUUUUGGUUUGUUUGGUUGUUGUUUUUUUUUUUUUCAACCUUUCCUGGGCAGGUUUGCAUUACAGAGGAAAGAAAGUCUUAAGUCUUUUCGUGGAUGCUUGCAGCUAUGUGAGAAUAUCCUUUUUUGUUUCAAAUUUGAUAAUUUCUGUUUUAUGGGAGCUGUGUGAAGUGGGCCUUUAGAUAGCUGUCAGUAGCGAUCAUAAAAUCUAAUUCUCAAGCAAUGCUCUAGGGAAGAAAUUCUGCAUUCUUAGAAGCUGUUCCCUUACAUUUGCAUUCAUUCUGACUGACAUAGUGCUUCAUUUCUUUGAGAUGUAAAUGGCUAGGAACAGUCUUUGAACAGUCUUUGAGAACUCGUAGAGAUUACAGCGUGGAUUAAAAGUAUUUCUGUCAUUUUCAAAGACUUUUUGCUAGCUUUAAAAAGUCUGGUCAGGUCAACAGAAAUUUUAAUGGGUCAAAAAAGGCAGCUUGUAUCCCAUCACUAGAAUAAGUAAAUCCUAAUGUGUUAUCUUCAGGAAAAUCCCAAAUACGGUUUGGGGAAAAGCUGUAGAAAUGAGAUGAAGGAUUCAAGACAAAUGUUCAAUAAUUUUCAUGUCUUACUAGACUCCAAAUGAAUGUCUGCUGAUGCAUUUUAGCACUCAGCAGAAGAAAAAUUGCUCUUUAAAGGAGCCUGAAUUUUUAAAACAGAUCACACUUAAAUUCUUUUGUUGUUUGAAUGGAAACUGGCUUCAGUUGUUCUGCUUAGUGGGUAUCCAGCAUCUCUUUUGCUUAUGGGUACUUCAUGCUUCUACCUUCCCUUCCUUUCCCCAUCCUCUCCUUCCAACACCUAAGACAGUGAAUAUUCUGAGUCUGACAGAGACAGGAUUAAAAUUUUACAAAUAGCAUUUGGGGUGGUUUAUUUUGGCUUUUUUUCUGAGAAAUAUGAUAGAAAUUUUUAGAAUAGAGGGAAAUUAAGUAAAAUCCAUCCUCUGAGUGAUGGAGGAGUGAAAGAGAGAGACAGGAAUGCAUUUAAGUAUUAUUAAUGCCUAUUUUAAAAAGGAAGUGGGCUGGAAAAUAGAGCUACAAAUGUCAGUUCUUUAGAGCAAAACACCAGUGCUUGAAAGAAUUAGGAUACACCCAUUAAAAAGGCAGAGUUCAGCUGUGGUAACUCUGUCUUUAAACAGCCAAAGAAGGAAUAGCACUGAAAGUGUCCAGGGUGACUUACUGUGAUCCCUCAAUGCUGCCUUGGAAGCUAAUGCUCCUGCGUGGAUUUUUCCAAACAUCCUCCCAUGUAAAGUAGUGCUGAGAGGGAGCACCCAGCCUCUGCAGUUCCUGGUCACUGUGCAAGUGCUGCUCUGAGUAAAGGUGGAGUGUGUUAAUGAGUGGAGGGGAUGGUGAGCCCUGCAGGAUGAGUAAUUGGGCACCGAGUGGUUACAGCAGUGCUGGCAGCAGAGUGGUGUUAAUCACAGUGAUGACUUUAAUAGCAUUUAAUAGACACUUCUCUCAAUUCAAAGUCAGAUGUGAUGCUGCUCUUCUAAAAAGCAUUUCCAGAACCAUUAACCUUCUGUCAUGAGGAGCCACUAAAAUUUCCACUUUUGUUGCAUGUUGGGAAAAUAGCUUCUCUUGCUUUAUUUUGGAGAUAAGUUGGCUGUCUGCACUGGAAAACAUGUGUUCAGUUGAUAACUUAAAUUAGUUCUUUGGGGUUGAAGCUUCCCUCCCAGGCAAAGGAAAAAGAAACAAAAACAAAAAAACCAACACCUAGAAACUAACCUGAAUGCUUUAAAAACUAACCUAAAAAAGGUGUUCCCAAAACAAGUGGCUAAGAACUUUUGUAAAUGGUAUUUGUAAAUGGCAUUGCACAAAAGGUCACUAGCAAAUACCCUCAAAUAAAGGGUAUAGGCAGUAAAGUCCUAAGUUAAUAUUCCAGCUCUACUCUUAGUGCAAGUUUGAGUCUGUCAGUUAAAUUAUUUGUAUUCUUGUGGAUGCUGAAAUUGCAGCACCAGCCACUGUCUGUUUCUAGUCUUAUAGUACUGAAGGAUCAAGCAAAUGCUUUAGAGAGAAGGUGGGGGGAUGUUAGCCACAACAGAGCAGAUUGCAGAUGAUUCAUGUACAAUUCAGCUCUGGUUAAGCCUGAAUUAAAUUUCCUUGCUUAGUUCUAUUACUGUCCCUUUUGCAAUUGGGCCUGUGCCUUCAGACAGAUUCCUACUAAGAAGAAGAAAAUGGUCUAUUCCCCCUUUUUGAGGAGCAAAUCUUUCUGAUAAUCAAAAUGCCUCCCAGGAAGAAUUGGAGAAGGAGAAAAAUGAGCUUUCAAAUGAAUGUAAAACUUCCCAACCUACAUGGAGUUAUGUACUGUCCUUAAACACAAAUUUAUAGCAGGUCUGGUUGCAUUUAAGUAGUGCUGGAAACCAGGGAGUCUCUGCCAAGCUUAUCAUAACCUUUCAAACAGCAGCAAAAUCAAGAGGCUGGUCUUCUCUACAUCAGUAAAUCGAGCCACUGAACCAGCUAGCCCUGUGGAGUAUUUGUUUUGCAGCAUUGACAGCUCUUAAGAGCUAAGCCAGACACUUCCUGCAUGUGUUUUGGUUGGGCUUAAUAUAUUUUCUUGGAUUUUAUUUAAUUUAAAGCUAUUUUUCUAUAAAUAAGUCGUGUCAGCUGAGAAGUAAACAAAUGGAGAUUUGAAGGAGUGACUGCACUUCUGAACAUGUAUCUGUCAUAGACACUUUUUAAAAUAAUGCCUUAAAAUGACAGAUAAGGUUAUCUCUGCAUGGAACAGGAAACCAAAAUCUUCCAGAGAAUCACUUAAACCUUUAUUUUGGUAUGACCCAUCAGACCUGAACACUCACAAGCUGUUCAGUGUCCCUGGUUCAAUGUGUGUUCCAAACUGUGCACCCUGCUGCUGGUGCACACAAAAAUAAACAAGGGACAGCUGUGUUGGCCACAGAAAAUUUAGCAAGAUACAGCUUUUGUUAAACAGAAGAGGACAAAAUCAAUAGGAAAAGAAAUGUUUUCAAGCUUCUUGGAAUGCAAACAAUGGAAUUAAAAAAAAGGCAGCCUCAAAGAAUUGGCAGUGCACUGUCGGCUGAAAACCACUGUUUCAAGCAAAUGAAUUCAGCUGCUUUGUAAUGUUGGUUUUAUUUUGAUAACAAACUCCUCUCAGUCAGAGUUAUGUCUUAUUAUGUGCUUUUUAGUUGAAGAGACAAGAUACAUUCAGUUCCUUAGAAAGUUAAAUAUAUCUGGGCUUUUUGACUAUGUGGGUUCUGAUUGAAUUUUCUCUCAACUAUUAAGCCUGAUUACUAAUUUCCAUAUAUUAUAUAUAUAUUUCCAUAUAUUGAUAUAUAUCAAAUACUGAAGUUAUUACUGAUUGCAUGGUUCUGGAUUUCCCUGCACAGGAACGUCAUUGGUCCUUCCUGAUCUAGUGGAUCACUCCUUGAUGUUAUAUUUAUCCCUUUUGAGGCAAUACAUUAUGCUGGUAAAAGGUUUGUUGCUUUGGCAAAUGGAGCUGGAAUGUGUGACCAUCAUUCCUGCCAGGAACUAUUUAUCUUUUUAUCUAAGCAAUGAUGCUUCUUUUUGGAUGUCCAAGGGUAAAGAGAUAAUAGCUCGGAAAACAGAGUGAUCCUAUGGGGACCUUCU